CAGGAGCAGCAGCAGCAGCACCGACGCUUUCUCCUUCUUUAACCUAAACAAUGCCUCCUACUACAGACCGGGGGAAAGCACACCAAUAGAAUGCGUUACACAGACCCCAAACCCAGCAUUUCGCCACUAAUCCGACCACUUACUUAAAUGUGCCCACCGUAACCAUGUGGAUACCUACAGAACAAGAAAAAUACGGCGUCGUGCUGGCUAGUUUCAGAGGAACCGUCCAGCAUGGCCUCCCUUUGGAAAUUGGAGACACAGUGCAGAUUCUGGAGAAAUGUGAAGGAUGGUACCGAGGAUUCAUCUUAAAGAAUCCGAAUGUCAAGGGGAUCUUCCCAUCCAGUUAUAUCCACUUGAAGAAUGCCCAUGUUAAGAACAAAGGGCAAUUUGAGACGGUCAUCCCGGUUGAAGACUCUGUCAUCACAGAGAUGACAUCAACGCUGCGAGAAUGGGGUGCCAUGUGGAAACAACUUUAUGUGAAGAAUGAAGGGGAUUUGUUCCACCGGCUUUGGCAUGUGAUGAAUGAAAUCUUGGACCUGAGGAGGCAGGUGCUGGUUGGCCACCUCACUCAUGACCGUAUGAGGGAUGUCAAGCAGCACAUCACAGCCAGAUUGGACUGGGGCAACGAACAACUUGGCUUAGACCUGGUCCCCAGGCAGGAGUUCAGCAUGGUGGAUCCAGAUGACAUCAGCGUCACAGAACUUUACAGACUGAUGGAACAUCGGCAUCGCAAAAAGGAGACCCCUACACCUGCUAGUACGCAUCAUUUGUUUGUGCAUGUGAAAAGUUUGAUGAGCGCCAACCUGGGAGAGGAGCUGGAAGUGUUCUUUCACAUUUAUGAUGGGCGAGAGAACCGGCCAAUCAGUGAAAGGUUCUUUGUCAGGCUGAAUAAGAGCGGGUUGCCCAAGUCGCCAGAGAAGACAGAGAGACAAUGCACGCUAUUUGUGGAUUUGGGAAGCAGUGAUCUACGAAAAGAUGUCUACAUUGUCGUUCACAUCAUCAGAAUAGGGAGGAUGGGAGCAGGAGAGAAGAAGAACCUAUGCAGUGUGCAGUACAGGCGGCCGUUUGGCUGUGCUGUUGUCAGCAUUGCUGAUCUUCUCACUGCUGACUCCAAGGAUGACCACCUGCUCAAGGUUUAUGCGUGUAAUACAGAAAGUGAAUGGUACCAAAUCCACGAGAACAUCAUCAAGAAGGCCAAUUCUAGAUACAACUUGUCUGGAUCCAACACUGGCCUAGCGGUGGCUCUUCAGCUUCUCCAUGGGGACAUAGAGCAGCUAAGACGGGAGUACAUGGUUCUCUUCACCCGGGGUGUGUCCAUCACCAAGAAACUGGGCUUCUCUGAUGUCAUCAUGCCAGGAGAGAUGAGGAAUGACCUUUACAUCACACUGGAGAAAGGAGAGUUUGACAAGGGUGGGAAGAGUGUUGCACGGAACGUUGAGAUCACUAUCUAUGUGCUGGAUAUUGAUGGACAAAUCCUCAAGAGUCACGUGGCUGCUGGCUCAGGUGAACCAGGUGGGGAUGAGUACCACUCCCUGGUGCUGUACCACAACAACAGUCCCCGCUGGGCGGAGCAGAUCAAGCUGCCCAUCCCGGUUGACAUGUUUCGAGGAUCACACGUUCGCUUUGAGUUUCGCCAUUGCUCCACUAAAGACAAAGGGGAGAAGAAACUCUUUGGCUACUCCUUUGUUCCUCUGAUGCAGGAGGAUGGCAGGACUCUGCCAGAUGGCACCCAUGAGCUCAUCAUCCAUAAGUGUGAGGAGAACACCAGCUUGGCUGACUGUUCGCGCUACCUGAAGCUGUCGUUCUCCAAGGCCAACCUGCCAUCCAACAAUCAGACACUAAAAGGCACCAAGGAGUCUUUCUGGAUCACCAGCUUCCUUUGUUCGACCAAGCUCACCCAAAAUGGUGACAUGUUGGACCUGCUGAAGUGGCGGGCCCACCCUGAAAGGAUCAAUGACAGCCUCUCUAAGCUCAAAGAAAUCGAUGGCUCAGAGAUUGUCAAAUUUCUUCAGGAUACACUGGACACCCUCUUUGGUAUUUUGGAUGAAAGCUCCCAGAGAUAUGGACUCAAAGUGUUUGAUUCACUGGUCCAUAUCAUCAACCUCCUCCAGGAUAGUAAAUUCCAACACUUCAAACCUGUCAUGGACACCUACAUUGAAGGCCACUUUGCUGGAGCUUUGUCCUACAGGGACCUGAUCAAAGUGCUGAAGUGGUAUGUGGACCGCAUUGUGGAUGCAGAGCAUCAGGACCACAUUCAGCAGGUGUUAAAGGCUAGCGAGUACAUCUUCAAGUACAUUAUCCAGUCUCGCCGGCUCUUCUCAUUGGCCACCGGAGGCCAGAACGAGGAGGAGUUCAGAGUCUGCAUCCAUGAGCUCUUCAUGUCCAUCCGUUUCUUCCUGUCACAGGAGAACAAAGGCAUCAGUCCUGUCGCCCAGACGCAGGCGGUGUUCCUUCGGACGUUCCCGGCAAUCUAUGGCGAGCUGCUGAAGAUCUUCACACUGCGGGAGGUGGCUGGUUUCGUCCGGGAGACGCUGGCCAGCCUGCCAACCGCUGCCCACGCUGAAAGUCCCCUGGAGGCAGUCAAGCUGCAAUGCAUUGCCAAGACAGUGGAAAGCCAACUUUACAUUAACCCUGAAUCGAGAUGCGUGUUGUUGCCCGUGGUGCUACGAGUCCUCCAGACCCACAUGCAAGAGCAGAGAGACCUGGUCAUGUGUGCCCACAUCCUCACCAGCAUGCUCUCACUCAUCAAAAAGGAAGAAAACAGCACUGCGGAGCCUGCAGUGACAGAGGAAGUGGAGCUAAUUGUGGAAAGCCUGCUGGCAGUUUUACUGAGGACCAUCUUGGAAAUCAGCAACCGACCCCAGCCUGCUGGACCUGCCAUGAGACUGCAAUUCCAGGACGUCACUGGGGAGUUUGUGGCAUGCUUGUUGGCACUCCUGCGACAGAUGAGUGACAGACACUACCAGAAGCUGCUGCAGGCGUUCAGCAGCAAAGAUGACCUGAGGGAUUUCCUCCUUCAUAUCUUCACAGUGUUCAGGAUCCUAAUAAGACCAGAGAUGUUUCCUAAAGACUGGACAGUGAUGAGGCUGGUCACAAACAAUGUCAUCAUCACAACUGUCCUCUACCUUUCUGAUGCACUGAGGAAAAACUUCCUGAGUGACAAGUUUGACUACAAGGUGUGGGACUCGUAUUUCUAUCUAUCUGUAAUAUUUAUCAACCAGCCCUGUCUUCAGCUAGAGUCCUUCUCUCCCUCCAAGAGGAAGAAAAUACUGGAAAAGUAUGGAGACAUGAGAGUGAUGAUGGGCUGUGAGAUCUUCAGCAUGUGGCAGAAUUUAGGGGAACAUAAGUUAAACUUCAUUCCAGCAAUGAUUGGGCCCUUCCUGGAGGUGACCCUGGUGCCUCAACCUGAUCUGAGGAAUGUCAUGAUCCCCAUCUUUCAUGACAUGAUGGACUGGGAGCAGAGACGCAGUGGCAAUUUCAAGCAGGUGGAGGCCAAGCUGAUUGACAAGCUGGACAGCCUGAUGUCUGAGGGCAAGGGAGAUGAGACGUACAGAGAGCUCUUCAAUAGCAUAAUUCCUCUGUUUGGUCCGUACCCUAGCCUGCUGAAGAAGAUUGAGAGAGAGACCUGGAGGGAGAGUGGAAUCUCACUGAUCGCGACCGUAACUCGCCUUAUGGAGAGGUUGCUGGACUACAGGGAUUGUAUGAAGCUGGGGGAGGUUGAUGGCAAAAAGAUUGGAUGUACUGUCAGUUUACUGAACUUCUACAAAACUGAGCUGAACAAGGAAGAAAUGUACAUCCGCUACAUUCACAAACUCUAUGAGCUGCACUUAAAAGCUCAAAACUACACAGAGGCAUCGUACACCCUGCUGCUUUAUGAUGAGUUAUUGGAAUGGUCGGACAGGCCGCUCAGAGAGUUCCUCAACUACCCCAUGCAGAGCGAGUGGCAAAGAAAGGAGUACUUGCAUCUCACUAUUAUCCAGAACUUUGACAGGGGCAAGUGUUGGGAGAAUGGCAUCAUCCUUUGCAGGGAGCUCGCUGACCAGUACGAGUCUUACUAUGACUACAGGAAUUUAAGCAAAAUGAGGAUGAUGGAAGCCUCUCUUUAUGACAAGAUCAUGGAUCAGCAAAGAUUAGAACCUGAAUUCUUCAGAGUCGGAUUCUAUGGAAAGAAGUUUCCCUUCUUCUUACGGAAUAAGGAGUUUGUGUGCCGCGGCCAUGACUACGAGAGGCUGGAGGCUUUCCAGCAGCGGAUGCUUAACGAGUUCCCCCAUGCCAUCGCCAUGCAGCAUGUUAACCAGCCGGACCAGACCAUAUACCAGGCAGAUGCACAGUACCUGCAGAUCUACGCUGUAACUCCCAUCCCAGAGAGUCAGGAUGUGCUGCAGAGAGACGGAGUGCCUGACAACAUCAAAAGCUUUUACAAGUUUAAUCACAUCUGGAGGUUCAGAUAUGACCGGCCCUUUCAUAAGGGCACCAAAGACAAGGAGAAUGAGUUUAAGAGCCUGUGGGUGGAGAGGACAACCUUAACUCUGGUCCAGAGUCUCCCAGGCAUUUCUCGCUGGUUUGAAGUGGAGAAGAGAGAGCUGGUGGAGGUGAGCCCUCUGGAGAAUGCCAUCGAGGUAAUCGAAAACAAGAACCUGCAAUUACGUACAUUGAUCACCCAGUGUCAGAGCCGGCAGAUGCAGAACAUCAACCCCCUCACCAUGUGCCUCAACGGGGUCAUCGACGCCGCUGUCAACGGGGGGCUGGCGCGCUACCAAGAGGCCUUUUUCGUGAAGGACUACAUUAUGAACCACCCUGAGGAUGGCGACAAGAUUGGACGACUGAGGGAGCUCAUGUUUGAACAGGCACACAUACUGGAGUAUGGCCUCGCUGUGCAUGAGAAGUUUGUUCCCCAAGAUAUGAGACCACUCCAUAAGAAGCUGGUGGACCAGUUUCAUCUCAUGAAAUCCAGUCUUGGUAUACAGGAGUUUCCGGCUUAUGUGCGAGCAAGCCCGGUUCACUUCACCAAUGGAAGCCCACGAACAUGCAGGAACUCUGUGCCCAGCAUUAUUAGCCCAGACGCUGGCAGAGGCGUUGCUAGAAGGAGCUACCCUGCGGUGAACCGUUACUCCUCGUCCUCUUUGUCAUCUCAAGCCUCCAACGAAGUCAGUAACAUCACCGGGCAGUCUGAGAGCUCGGAUGAAGUCUUCAACAUGCAGCCCAGUCCGUCUACCUCAAGCCUCAGUUCCAACCACUCUGCCUCACCCAACGUUACCAGCUCAGCCCCUUCCAGUGCCAGAGGCUCACCUCAAAUGGCAGAAAAACACAAGCAUUCCAGAGAAAAUGCCUGUCUGUCUCCAAGAGAGAGACCCGUCAGUGCCAUCUUCCCCAACCCCCUCGACCCUGCACAGAGAGCUCCUGCUCAUCAGAUAGGGGACACCACUUUACCAAGAAGCGAUCCCAACCUCUCGGCUCCAGAUAAAGUGAGACCCACUCCCAGUAGCUGGAGCCUUGACAGUGUCAAAGUGGGCGCACCAUCCUUCUCUGACUCUGUCAGCAAAUUGGUAGGCCCUCCUGUACCUCCUAGGCCACCGUACUCAGCAGGCUCCUCGGCUAAGAACAUGAGGUCGCAAUCUCCUGUCCCCAUGUCCAGAUCACCGCAAAAGACCACUGUGCCGCCUUUCACCCCUUCACCCACUGAGUGCCAGACCGCCAGCCUGGUCUCCAACUCCCCCGUCCUGUCUGGCAGCUACAGCAGCGGCAUCUCCUCCCUCAGUCGCUGCAGCGUGUCUGAAGCUUCAGGAACUGAGUUGCCUGUUGGUGACCAUCCACCACACCCUCUGCCCCCGCCCAUCACCCUGCCAAAUUCCAUCCCUAUCAGCUCGGAUGAGCCAAUCCGCAGAGAAAACAAGACCCCUCCUCCGUACAGAGAGAGGAACAACCCAUAUGAGAGAAACAACCCACGCAGGCCUGUGCCGCUGCCCCACAGCCUCUCCAUUCCCCCACAGACAGACCCUCCGGCCCUGCCGCCCAAGCCUCACCAGCUCCGCACAGGCAGCAUGAAGCUGGAUGGAACCGCUGACCCUCGGGUCCCCAGACCGAGGCCUCUGCCCAGGAAGGUGUCGCAGCUAUAGGCGCUGGUUAAGGGGCUUGCAGGAGGUGGAAAAAAACACUGGCGUAUUUUGCACUUUUCUACAUGGCACUCACAUUUUUUGUGAUCUACAGUUUGGCAUUCCUGAUGUACACUCCAAUGAAAAAACACAGGCCUAUAAAUAAACGGUCCAAAAAGGAAAGAAAAAAGAAACUUAUAAAACUACAAGACACAUAAAGUUCCCUUUUGUAUUUACUAGAGAGCAUUGCAUUGACUUAGUCAUUCUGCACCUUUUAACUCUAGUUCAUACAAUAGGUCAUCAGUCAUAGCAUACGUUUACCAGAACACUCUAGAAAAAAACUGUUUUGAUAGAAGUAAUAAUCUCAGAUAUAUGUAUAUUGGUAUAUAUAAGAAUUGUUUUUGCCUUAAGUAUUGGAAACAGAGUCUUUUAUCUGUCUUGCACGUUUUUUUUCCUUAUUUCUUUUUUUUUUCAACAACUCAGUAUAUUUGUAUACUGUAUGGCUAAAAAAAAAAAAAAAGGUGCUAGAUGCCUGGAGUAUGCAUUUUAGUAAAGUGUAGAAGACUGGGGUGUGUUCUCAUAGUCAUGGUACAAAAACUUACACCAACAUACAUCUUGUAGAUUUGAAUUAAAUAUUGCUGUAAUUUCUUCAUUUGUGCCUCAUGUUGCAAUUGUCAGUUUAGCUAGGACCCUAUUUAUUUACCUUUUUUUUGCCAGGAUUAAAGUUAUUGGUAAAUUACUUUUUGCACAGUGAAAGUAGUUAUGAGGCCUAUUUAACUAACAAAACAAGCUUACUAUUCAAAUAGGGCCCCCACUGAUGGUAAAGUCAUUAUUUUGGACCAAAAGUAUUCAUACAAAUUGGACUUUUGCAUUGGCCAUUCCUACUUAUGUGAACACACCCUCCUCCUGCAUGACAACAGAUCUUUGUUGUGGGGGUUAGCAGUUAUUGUGCCAAAGGAAGCUUAGCGAUGUCCUUUACUUUUUUUUUUUUUUUUUUUUUUUUUUUAACCGUUUUGAUUCCAGGUCCCAGAUUAAAAAAAAAAGUUUAAAGUGACUUUCACUCAAAUAUCCAAAUUUAUAUCAACUCUACUGAUCUGGUGUAACUUUAGAAAAGCACAAACACAAUUUUCUCCUCUUCAUUUUGACCAGUACUGUUUUCAUUAGACAAAAGAGUAAUUGGAGCUGACUUUCAUUGUCAGCAGUGACCUAACAAACAUGAUGACUGAUAUUCAGGUGGAGAAAUACUUACAAACAAAUCCUCAUCAAAUAUUUGAACAGUUGGGAUUUACUUUCAGUUUAAUUAAAAAAGAUGGACGUGAGAUGACUGCACCAGAAGUAGGUGCUCAGUUCUGCCAUGUCAUGUUGCAUUGCUGCAGUUAAAUAGAUUAUCUGUGGCAGGCAGAUUUCACACUGUUUUGUAAAAUAGAAGAAAUUUUUAGCAUAAAAUAUUCAGCAUUUCAACUCUGUGCAGCAUUUUUUUUUUAUUUGGCAGGUGGGGCUGGGGGUAGUUUUAGUAUUGUUUGUAUGUUUAAUUAAUUUUUUUAUUUGUUGUGAUUUUUUUUUAAAUUAAAUCUUCACAUUAAUCAGUACUUGAGAACCUGUAAAUUAUAUGAGAUUGAUGUAAGUAUGCCAAAUAUAAAAUUUGUGUAUUACAAUUAAUGUAAAUAUUGUGUUUUUAACAAAAUUUAGCUAUAACAAUUCACAGCUUUGAAUGUAAUGUUGAAGCAGCAAAUGAUUAUAAUAAAUGUUUAAACUUUUGUGAGUGUUAAAAAAAAAAACCUAAAGUCAUGCUCAAUGACUCUUAACUGAUUUACAAGUUCAAUAAACUGCCCUAUUAAAUUACAGAUGGAUUCACUGACAGAUUUAUUAUGAAUUUGUCACCAUUUUUGGAUGUUUCUUGCUCCCUGCUCAGAUUUGUAUAGUAUGACAAUUAUUUUUGUCCAUGUCUUCCAGUAUUUUGGGAUAGGGUGUGAGCCAGGGAUCAU